UUUGCCCCUAAAAAAUCUGAAACGGAUGUUCAGUAAACCGGCUUUUGGGAUUCAAAUGAGAUUCAAAAGCACGGGAGAAAAAGGAAAUGGCGGACUGAACUCGACUAUCACACUCACCGUCUCUCUUUUGAAAUUAAAUUCCCCUUUUCCUCACACACACAGUUGUACAGUGAUUUUUCGCAAAGAAGAAUAUGCAGGGACCCUCCAAUGGCAGCGUGCUAGCGCGAAUGGCGGAAAGGCGUUUGGUGUGCGAGCGAGAAAUCCCCAUUCAGCAGCAGAGGAUCGACUCUCUCCUCACAGCUUCCAAAAUUCGAUUCGAUUCGGCGAAGUUUGAAGCGCAAAGAACCAUUCAGACUCAAGUAAAGACGCGUAAAGAGGCAAAGAGGAUGGCAUUGAUGGAGUCAAUAUCCUCCACGCAAGGUAGAGUUGAAGAAUUGAAAGGGCUCGUGGAAGAUCAAGGGGACAAAAAGAAUCAAUAUGCUGCUAUAAUAUCUCAACAGCUUGAAGCCCUAACAACUUCGAAGGAAAAGUGUUCUAAAAACAAAGAACACCGAGAACAAAUACAGGAGGCUAUUUCAUGGUACAACAGGGUCCUUGGUUUUCGUAUCGAAAGUGGUCACGGUGUGAAAUUCAUUUUCUCUAACAUCAACCGAGAGAACCCUCAGGAGGAGUACUCCUUUACCAUUCGCCAUGAGAAUGACAUCUACACUUUGCUCAAAUGUGAUCCACCUCUGAGUGACACAAAAAAGAUGGUCAAUGAGUUGAACAAAACCAAUGGACUGUUCAAAUUUGUGAGGAUGAUGAGAGAGAAAUUUCAAGAAUCUGCAACAAGAGGGAUUUCUCAGCGCUUCUCGUCUAAUGAUCAAGAUCCCUCGGUAAUUUCCCUUUCUGCCCCUGUAUCUCCAGUUUCAACCGAUCAUAGUCUUCAAUCCCCACGCAAGGAAAUGGAGCAACUAGAAAUUCCCGAGUCUCAAAGCAAAUCGAGAAAAGUCAGUAAAGGAAUCUCUCCCCAAUCUUCUUCUUGUCGUCGUUCAGAACGUUUGAGGGGUAAGAAGUGAAGAUGAUUGAUAAUCAACUUUCUCAGUCAUGACCACUGAGUAAAUGUGCUAUAUAGCUGAUGUAGUGUGUAAACUUCUGUUUGGUUUUUUGACUGUGUAAUUAACUUAAAUUUUUCUUUCAAUUUGUUAUAUUGAUGUUCGAUGGUGGAUUAUACUAACAACCCAGUGUAAUGUAACUGUGGCAAUGCGUCUUUCUGUUAUGAGCAACUGAAUAAGAAAAUUUGCAACACGUACUAUCCGCGUUUUUUUGCUUUUAAA